CCGAGAUGUCCAGACUCUCUACUUCUAGGGACUCUAGACUACGUCAUGUAGAAGCGCCAUCUCUGCUUUCCCCCUAUCUCAUCUCAUGUUCCAGUUCUUCUCUCGUUUCUGAUUUCUGAGGAAAGGGAAAGAAGCGAAGCGACAAUGGCGGACGCUGCUCCAGCCGCGCGUGGUGGUUUUCGUGGAGGUUUUGGCUCUCGCGGAGCGGGUGGCGAUCGCGGGGGUCUGAGAGGUCGAGGUGGUAGAGGAAGAGGCAGAGGACGCGGCCGUGGACGCGGCAAGGAGGACAGCAAGGAAUGGGUCCCAGUUACUAAGCUGGGUCGUCUAGUCAGAGAUGGCAAGAUACAGUCUCUCGAACACAUCUACUUGUUUUCCUUACCUAUCAAGGAGUACGAAAUAAUUGACAAGUUCCUUGGGCCGGAUCUAAAGGAUGAGGUUUUGAAGAUCAUGCCGGUACAGAAGCAGACACGAGCUGGUCAGCGUACACGUUUUAAGGCUUUUGUUGCUAUUGGAGACAGCAAUGGGCAUAUCGGACUGGGAGUGAAAUGCUCCAAGGAAGUAGCCACUGCAAUUCGUGGCGCUAUCAUCUUGGCUAAGCUGUCCGUCGUACCGGUUCGACGUGGUUAUUGGGGCAACAAGAUCGGCAAGCCACAUACGGUGCCAUGCAAGGUAACAGGUAAAUGCGGUUCUGUGCAGGUGCGACUGAUACCCGCCCCCAGAGGUACUGGCAUCGUAUCUGCUCCGGUUCCCAAGAAACUUCUUCAGAUGGCUGGUAUCGAAGACUGCUACACCUCGGCCAGGGGAUCCACUUGUACUCUUGGCAACUUUGCCAAGGCAACCUACGCCGCGAUCGCUAAAACUUAUGCGUAUUUGACGCCCGACCUGUGGAAAGAACAGGCCUUGGCUAAAGCGCCGUAUCAAGAAUUUGCCGACUAUCUGUCCAAAACUCACAAAGGAUGCGCGAGAGCAGCCGAAGUUGUCUAAAUAAACAUCCAGCCCCAUGAAAGCACUUUGAAAAAAAUUGUAAAA